AUGAGGCCGUUGACUGAAGAAGAAACAAAAACUAUGUUUGAGAAGCUGUCCAAAUACAUCGGAGAAAACAUUAAACUCCUAGUGGACCGACCAGACGGAACCUACUGUUUCAGGCUCCACCAUGACCGCGUCUACUAUAUGAGUGAGAAAAUACUUAAGCUGGCCACAAACUUCUCUCGGGAGAAGCUCAUCUCUGUUGGGACGUGCUUCGGGAAGUUUACAAAGACCCUGAAGUUUCGCCUGCACAUCACAGCUCUGGAUUUUCUGGCGCCCUAUGCAAAGGUGGUGCAUCUUCACAUAUCAGCUCCAACUUUCAAGGUGUGGGUGAAACCUGGAGCAGAGCAGUCUUUCCUGUACGGGAACCAUGUGCUAAAGUCUGGCCUCGGAAGAAUCACAGAGAACACAAUGCAAUACCAGGGGGUUGUGGUUUACUCCAUGGCUGACGUUCCUUUGGGCUUUGGAGUGGCAGCCAAGUCUACGCAGGAGUGUCGGCGAGUGGACCCCAUUUCCAUUGUUGUGUUCCACCAGGCUGAUGUGGGAGAGUUCAUUAGGAAUGAAGAUACAUUAACUUAA